UACAAUUCGUUGUUUUUGCUCUCUUUUCAGGGACCUCUGGAGUCCUCUUGCGUUCGGGACUGGAAGUUCUACCUUCAUCGACGGCGAAUCUGCGAGGAAGAGAAGGAAGAAGAGAGGUCAGUCCAAUCGAACGUGAUUUUGUCUUUGGUUGUGAUUGUACUCGCCGCCGUCUCAGUCUUAAGUCCCAUGUUCAGUUCGCUCUCUAAAACCCUACUUGGCCGCCCGCUGUCCUUGCCCAUCGCUCUCAGAUUAAUCUCCACCGCCACCUCGAAUCGACCCUCUUUCGCGUUCUCUUAUCUCGUGAAUUCAUGUGGGUUGUCCCCGGAAUCGGCAUUGUACGUUUCCAACCGCGUCGUCUUUGAAACCUCGGCGAGACCCGAAGCGGUCAUUGACGCCUUGAAGAGCCAUGGUUUCUCUCAAUCCCAGAUUUCGGGUAUCAUUAGGAAGUGGCCUGGGCUGAUUUUGGCGAAUCCUGAGAGGACCCUCUUGCCCAAAUUGAACUAUCUGCGCUCUGUCGGCUUUUCCGGCUCUGACCUGGCGAGAAUAAUCACUGGUGGUCCCUACUUAUUGCGUAGGAGCUUAGAGAAGCACCUCAUCCCCAAUUUCGGGAGGCUUCGGGACUUUCUUGGGUGCGAUAAGAAUGCGGUUACAGCUAUUAGACGCAGUCCGAUAAUAUUGGUACGAGGUUUCGAGGCUACGGUUGGUCCUUUUGUCAAGAUUUUGAGAGAUAAUGGAGUGCGUGAAGCAAGAAUUUUGUGGUUAGUUAGGCGUCAGUCUACAAUGAUGAUACGGUUGUCCGAUCACCUCGAGGAAAUUAUGAUGAAAACCAAGGGGAUGGGCUUUGAUGAUCCUUCUUUAGCAAAGUUCGCUGUGGCUAUUUCAGCCGUCAUGGGGAUGAGCGAAUCGACUUGGGAGAGGAAAAUCGAGGCUUAUAGCUGGUGGGGUUGGUCUAGAGAUGAUGCCAUGAGAGCUUUUGUGAAGAGUCCUGGGUGCAUGACGUUGUCCGAAGGAAAAAUAAUGGCAGUGAUGGGAUUCUUUGUCAAGGAAAUGGGAUUUGAAUCUUCAUUUCUUCUGCGACAUCCUAGGUUAAUGUCGCUGAGCUUAGAAAAACGGAUUCGUCCUCGAUGUUUGUUUUUUAAACAUCUGUUGUCGCAUGGUUUGAUGAAGACAAAGAUGGGCUUGACUACCCUGUUGACUAUUUCGGAAGAAGAUUUCCUGCAGAAGUUUGUGACCCCUCAUCUCAAGGAAGCUCCGGAAUUGCUGGAUAUAUAUCGGGAGAAGCAGCAUAUGGCAACUAGGACACUGGUUCCAUGAAAUGGCACAGGGUACCAGAUAAUUCAUUUGUCCCUCUUUCAUUUAAGGUUGUCAUUCUGUUUAUUUUGUGACUUGAAUUUUGGCUGUUGACUCUUUUGAACAAAAUUGUGUAUCGAUGGAGAACGGCUGCCUACCAUUUUUCUUGUGCAACCAUGGGAGAAUGUCCAUUGUUUCGUACUCUUCCUUUGAGUUGGUUCUUUAAUCGUAGGCUUCCUGUAUUCCUUGCCUUGAGAUUUAAUGUUCGUCUGAAAGCAUGGUCUAUAUGAUCCCUGAUUUUAGGCUUAAUAAGAUCAAAAAGUUAAGUCGGUCAUGUAUGCAGGUUCAU